UGUAUGGGUGUAUGCGCGGCAGCCCAUGCCGUAGUAGUAUAGUGGUGUUCGCUCUGUGCGACCUAUCCUUUCUUCGCGCGUGUCGGUAUUGUUCGGCGCGGCGUGUUACGCACUCUGAUAUGGAUGCCACCUGUCGUGAGAAACUUCACCUGUGAACAGAGUUAACGACCCUGGUCGGUUGAUGAAGCAUGCGUGUAUACGCUUCUUCGCGCACUUGGUGCUUGAUGGCGACACGCGCAAGCGCUUGAAGCCGAGGCGCAAGGUUGAAGAUACGGUGUUGCGACAAGUCGGCGUGCGGUGGGUCCUGCUUCCUCACCAUCAUUGACAUAGUUGCCUGUCUUCCGUCGUUGGUGUGCCAUGCUCUAGGUGUCCACAUGGCAUCGCAUCUUCAGCGGCUAUCCUGUAGCUGACUUUUUACUAAGGGGUUGGCAAAGCAGAUGUUGCAAGUGCUUCUACUAGGCCAUUAUCGAGAAUAAGAACUGGGGUCGGUGGCCAGCAUGUCUCAGCACAGUGACGAGGCGUUGCUGGUGGCUGGCAGUGACAGCUUCUGGGAGCCCAACAACUACAAGCGCACCAGCAAGCGCACAGAGGAUGGCCACCGGCUGUGCAGUGAGCUGAUCCAGCUGGUGCAGGAGCGGUCAGAGGUAGAGAAGGCAUACGCCAAGGGCCUGCGAGCCUGGUCGCGCAAGUGGGCCGAGCAGAUUGACAAGGGCCCCGAGUAUGGCACCACUGAGGCUGCCUGGAAGGGUGCACUGCUCGAGGCAGACCGGACCUGUGAGAUGCAUCUACGCGUGCGUGACAAGCUGCUCAACGAAGUCGUUCCACAGAUAAAAACUUGGCAGAAGGAGAAUUACCACCGGUCCAUGAUGCAACUGCGGGAACGGCGAGAGCUGGACGAGGCAUUCAAAAAAGCCCAGAAACCCUGGGCAAAGUUGCUCGAUCGGGUGAACAAGGCACGCAGCGACUACCACGCCGCAUGCAAAGGGGAGCGCUCGGCCACCAACCAGGAGAGGAAUGCUGGCGCAGACAGCUCGCUGUCACCUGACCAGGUGAAGAAGCUUCAGGACCGUGUAGCAAAGUGCAAAGAGGAAGUGCAGCGCACGCGAGAGCGCUACGAAGCAGCUCUGCAGGAGAUCAACGACUACAAUGCCAAAUACAUGGAGGACAUGACUGUGGUGUUUGAUAAGUGCCAGGAGUUUGAGCAACGACGCCUGCAGUUCUUCAAGGAAAUGCUAUUUUCCAUCCAUGGUUGCCUCAACAUCUCUACAGACCCAGAGCUUCCCCAGAUUUACGAAGAAUAUCGGCAUACGAUACAGAACGCCGAUGCAUCAAAGGACCUCAAGUGGUGGUCCAACAACCAUGGUGUUGGCAUGGCAAUGAACUGGCCUCAGUUUGAAGAGUACUCUGAGGAAUUCCGGGACAUCGUAGGCAAGAGCAGCAAGAAGGCAGCAAUCCCCGAGAGCGGCAUCACCCUUGUCAACCAGCACAAGAUCGGCGAGGAGCUGCCUGAGUACACACCCGAGGUGCAGCAUAUCCACCGCAAGGAGAAAAAGGGCAUUGACGCAGGUGGCAUCACACUGACAAGCGUGAGCACGCGUGCUGACGGUGUGGUGGCCAAUGCGCCGAAAAACCAGACCACCAACAAGGCACCCAAGGAGACGGGCACCAACCAUUCCACCGUAGUGACAACCAACAACUCGACACCCACGGCCACCACAAACACGGUGAAAAAGGCUUACAACCCAUUUGAAGAGGACGACGACGAGAAUGAGGUCGACCACCCGAAUGACAUGAAUGGACGUGCAGGUGAACCGAACCCGUUUGAGGAGGACCAUGAAGACUGGGACGAAGAGUCCAAUGACGCACUUGUAGACAAUGGCGAGCCAGGUGUGCCUGUCAGAGCGCUGUAUGACUAUGAUGGGGCUGAAGCAGAUGAACUAUCCUUUAAGCAAGGGGACCAGUUUGAAAAGCUAGAGGACGAAGAUGAACAGGGCUGGUGCAAAGGCCGUAAGGACGGCCGGGUCGGUCUUUACCCCGCCAACUAUGUUGAAGUCAUCGCCCCCUAGAUGCGUUUCGGAGCCAAGAUGGAGCGGCUGACCACUCGCAUGACGCACUGCGUGCUGCAGCAGCUUGCGAGCCGUUCCUCCUUUGCCCCCGUGCUCUCUCGAGAUGAAAUGAGAUGGAAAAGAAAGACUGUGUUGCUUUUAUCUUCAACACCCGCAACUGUUGCCACGUGGCACGUCGUCCUCUGGUCCUCAUGUCCCCUUCUUCCAGUGUCAGCACUCCAUGUGCAAGCAAGUGGGCUGCACGGACAUAAUGUGGCUGGUGGGUGUGUGAGGUGCUGGCACACGUUGUUAAUGUGUUUGCCAUCUCUUAACGUUCUCCUUUGUUUCAUCACUUCAAAGGAUGUGCUGCACCUGUUGGUGUGUGCUUUUUUUUGUCUGGUGGGCACAGCGUUGCCGGAAGGGACUGUUGUACAGUGGGCUCAACGUGUGUGCGUGUCGUGUGGUUGCGUUGUCGGGAUGUCUGCUGCACUUAACCCGGAGACAGAGUUGCCACUGUAGUCCUUCUCUCCCGCAAUAGAUACAGACUGAGGAAUGAGAGAGACACUUCGCGAUGCGCGCAUGUCACGCAUUGGUCCUCUUGCGACUGCUAGUUAGCAAUGCCUUCUGUAUUGGCUUUUUUGUGUUACCAUGGCUGGCACGGGAACAUGGUCAGCCUUGAAGCUUUGUACACAUCAGAGGCAUUUAUUUAACUGCAACGACCUCUCCCUGUCUCUCUGUAGUAAUUGUUUGGGUGUGUUGCGCUGAACCCCCCCUCCCCCCCCUCUCUGUACAUAAUGUUGCUGUGUCCAUUUGCCUGUCGGCAUGUUGCAAUCGCAUGUAAAGAGUUUAACUGAAAAAUGUAGUUGUCAAAGCUAGAAACAGUGUGUUUAUUUUUCUAAGUUAAUGUUUCUUUCUUUUAAAUUUGGCAAUGCUGCGGUUGUUUUGAUGGCUGGCUUUGAAUGCAGUCUCUCGGCACUCUAACAUUGCAUUAAUGACCAUUUUGCUGCUAUGUAUGGUGAGGCCAUUUUCAGCGUUUUCUUUUUUUUUUUUUUAUGGGGAAGUUCUUCCAAGACUAGAUUAAUGCAUUCAGCCAUGAAAAUGUCUUAAGAGUACAAGCCCACUAGAAGUGCCGGCAAGUAUUCUUCGGUUAGCCCGCUGUUCUAAGCAUUGCCCACUCUGAGAAAGCACUUUCAGCGAGGAAGUAUGUGAACACAUUUUUUAACAGGUCAUUUUUUUAAAUAUCCCUUCUAUAGAAGGGAUGCUCCUGUCAUUGCUAACCAACCAAAUAAUGUUGAUCUUUCAUAGUCAUUUGCUGUAUAGAAACAUACUUUUACUGCUUUGAUUUACAUUUUGCAACCCAACUAUAGCGGGCCAACAGCAUGGUCUCAUUACUUGUGUUGAGGACUGAACUUGCUGUAGCAAACUGUCAGAUGCCUCUUUUUGUUUUUCUCCCCAGUUUGCACAGGAAGUGCCUUGUAUGUAUACAUUCUUUUAUAGCACUCUAGUUAUUUUAUGCUGUUCUAUAACAGUUUUCUACUACUGGCUUUUUUGUUUUUGUGUCUUGUGCAAUUUUGCUUCCAUGAGAUCUUGCAAAGUGGCUCUUGGCAUACCAGUGUUUAUUGUGUUUGCAGUUUUGGGCUUACUGACCUGUUAUCAUUUACAAACAUUAGCUGUGGGGCAUAGCUUGAGCCUUUAUUCUUAUUAUUACACUGAUUUGUUGACACUUUUUGUUCCAUCACUGUGCUCUUGUACGCAGGAUGUACAAGACUCGCUAGUAAGACAGUUUGGUACAGAGGCCUCGGAAAUACCUUCCAUAGUGCAUCAGAUCUAUUUUAUUUCUUCCAUUCCUUUUAAAAAAGAACAUUCGGCUUUGCACUACACCAUCAUCGUGUUCAAUGUUACUGCCAGCAGCGAUCUCCCUAGUGAGAUUUUCUUGACUUUCUUGCUGGGUAUACUGAGCUGCAUUUGCACUCUACGUUAACUAUAACCAAGCACGCACUGUGGAACUGUCUUGGCAUGCGGUACAAAAGUUAAGCCGUUGACUCUGCCAUUUGCCCAUUGAACUCCAGCUGCGACAACAAGCAUAAUGCUGUUUUUGUUUGCCAUGAUCGCGUGUGUGGAGGAUAUUUUUACGAAGUGAAUGUAGGUAGGGUAUGGCAUUUUGGGGCUGCAGUGCUUGUACAUAUGCUAUACACUCUUCAGUUUGUGCAAACCAAAACUUGAGCAGAACUUGCACGAGACUUGUUUUACUUUCAGCCCAGGACAUUCUUGCGCAACUGAUUCAGCCAGCACUUCUUCUUUGUUGCACUUACAGACGGGUUUCAUUUGCCGACAGGUCUGCCAUUUACUAGUGUCCUCAUCACAGGAAUACCACUGAUAGCCAAGGGACAUUUGCGUUCUGUUCGAAUGCUUUUGUCAGCAGUCCAAACUCUUGAGCAGACCACGCAAAGCUCUUUGCACUUGACCUUGUUGCAACAGCUAGCUUUCGUCAAAGCUGAGCCACAUGAAAACUCUUUGCUAUAUAUUUGUUUUACUCGAACUUGUAAAGUAGCACUUGAGACUUAAAAGCACUUCCACUGUUGAAAGUGAAUGCUUUUGGUGUGUGUGCAAGUGAAAUUAUUGAUUGGCUUAGAACAUUGUAAAUAAAUAUGUCUGCGAAAAA